AUGGUGGACGCGGAACAGUUGCUCAAAUUUUCCGCUUCACCCCUUCAAAGCAACCGAAAGUGUAUCGCACCAGCCACCACGGUCUUGUUCGUUCGCAAAGAUGAAGGCGAAAGAGCUGCCAACACUCCGCCCAGAAACAUCCCCGACGACUCGGUGUAUGCCGACCUCAUUAAGCCCGGCACGAUUGCCGUGCUCAGCCAGCCGAUUGGAGCCCGGACGGCCACAAUGGGUGGGCUGAUGGCCAUGCGCAUCAGCAAGCUCGGGGCUGUCGGGGUCGUUGUGGAUGGUCGAGUCCGCGACGUCAAACAAUUGCGCGAGUUGGUCGCGAUGCCAGUCUGGUGUAAGUCGACCAGUAUUGUGGCCACCAGUGGCGAGUGCAGGGCGCAUGCAAUCAAUGUUCCAAUCCGAGUGGGAGCAACAGAGGUGAAGCCGGGAGACUUCAUUAUACUAGAUCCGGAAGAGAAUGGAGCGGUCUGCAUCCCCCAGGACAGGGUGGCUGCAGUGCUGCAGAUGAUACCGGAAAUGGCCGCAAAGGAUGAAAUGAAAAUGGCCAAUGUGGUGGCCGGGAUGAGCGUAGUUGAGGCUGUUAGUCAAGCGUAA